UUGCAUAACAGAUGUUUUAGCAUUUCUCUGUCACUUAAAAUGAUACUUAGCAGAUCAUACCUAGUUUUACGAUUGCUGAGAGGCCAGCUUGUUCGUAGACCUAAUAUUGGUUUUGGGCACCAUUUUGGGUCACAUUUUGAUAGCUGGUAGUAUUUAGUGGUUCAUAGUUGAGGAAAUAUUCGAAUAUUUCUGAACGUUUCUUCUGGAUUUGCUUCCCCUGACAACGUGACAGAACUUUUUAGAAUUAGGAGAUACAUGUUUAUAUUUCUUAAAGGAUGUGUGUGUUUCUUCCCCUGCCCUGACCAAAAUAAGUAGAGAGCUAAGCAAGGGAUGGUUUGGUGGGAUCUGCUGAAAUUAGUACUCCUGUGACUAGGAGGAUGACUAGAAGAACUAAAUCAGUUUGUAAGCCAGAGGUGAUUCAGGAAUGUCAGUUUGAAGAGUUGGAACAUGCAGAAAUGAAAUCAGAUGUCAGUGAUAGCUCAGAGAUGCAGGUCACUGGCAGUGAGAACACGGCUGUUCCGUCAGCACAAUCACUUGCUGAACCACAAGGUGAUGGUGAUGUGUCAGAAGCAGAAUCAAACUGCUCUUCUGUGUCUGGUCUCCAGACACCUUUGUUUGUAAGAAUAACACGGAGGCGACAAAUUGUAAUUCCUUAUCAACCAGAUUCUGCUGACAAAAAAAGACAUGACAGUGCACCUUUUGUAAAUAAGUUAAGUAGGAUUCUGGAUGAAGAUGAUGUUUCUGAAGCUGAGUCUUGUUCCUCUGCUGUUUCUGGUGUCCAGAUGCUCAAUGUUCCCACAAGUACAAGAAGCAGACAAAGUAAAAAGAAAUUGCAGCCAUACAGAGUUGGUGAAGCCCAGAGUGAAGAUACUUCUGGUGCAGAAUCAUGUUGCCUAAGUUCCCUUGUGGAACCAUGUGUCACUCCAAAACGAAUUACUAGGAGCAUGCAAAUGAAAUCACAAGCAGAAAACACUAAGCAGACUGAGGAAAAAAAUAGAUUUGUUUCAGAAGAUGAGAAUUUAAUUGAGGACACUAUUAAAUCUGAUCCCAUCAUAAUUUCUGAUUCUAGACCUACUGCAGAAUUUGUCAGUGACACAGAAAAUGCUUCCACCCUCGUUGAUGGUAAUAAAGAACCCAGUUCACCUAAAAGCAAAUGUGCUAAUGCAACCUGGAGUGAGGACACAGAAGAAGAGAUUUUAAAUUAUGUGGCAUCUAGUCUUACAAAACCAAAACAAAGUGACACUAAGUCACCUGUGAAAAAAACAAAAAAAAAUACACAGUCUGUUGAGAUAGACCAUUCAGAAGCAAUGUGUGGCCAAAUACAAGAAGAUGACAGUAAAAUAGUUGCAAGGAAGGGGAAAUUAGAUGUGUCUGUUUCUUUGACUGACUGCAUGAGUCCCAAACAAUUUCUAGAAUCCCAAGGACAAGUAACACCAAAUGAAAGUAAAAAAAUUACAGAAUGUGAAAGAGCAGAUGCUGAGGCAGAUGCACAGCAGUCUUUCUCAUGUGAUGAUAAAUUGAGGACGAGUAAGCCAGCUAGUGCAGUGAGCAGCCCAUCAAAGGACAUGGCUGUUGCACAGACAUCUGAAAGCACUGGUAAAAGCAGGAUACUCCAAAUUGGUGCAGACACUGCUGACAACCAAACAAAAGAAUAUGAGGUAUCCCACAACAGUGAAAAACCAAGCAGUGAUAACAGCUCUCUUGCAUUGCUUCUGAGCAACAGUGAAAGUGAUGACUCUGAAAAUAGUGAUGUUGCAGAUGUAGAUACAGUUGAUGAGAAUCUGUGUUAUAAAGAGUCAGAUGAGAGAACUCCUUCCCUCAAAAAAUCUUUAAAAAGCGAUUCACUGCAUGUUGAAGGUCUUUUUGUAAUUGAUACUAAGCCUGGCAUGAGUUCCAGCCAAAAGUAUUAUCUGGAUGAUGUAGACCAAGACAGUGAUGCUAAAAGUAAGCAUAAAGGAGGUGAAAAAGAUGAAGAAUCAGACUUGGAAGAGGAUGAAGAGGAAUUGAUAGAUGAAGAUGAAAAAGAUGAAGAUGAUGAUCUGUUGAAAAAUAAGGUUGACGUUUUACGUCUUUCCAGUAGCAUAGACCCUGGUUUGAAUAUCAAGAAGCUUGGAGGUUUAUAUAUCAGUUUUGAUGCAAAAAAUCAGAAGCCUAGAUCGAGUGUAAUUGAACCACUGAAGAAGAAGAAGGAGGACCAGCUCUUGCAGAAGAGUAUAAUAACUCCAGACUUUGAAAGAAAGGAAUGUGUCCCACCCUACAGGGAAUCACUUCACCAGCUAAAGAAACAGCGCAGGGCAGAGCGAGAGAAAACAACAGGUGAUGGUUGGUUUGGUAUGAAAGCCCCAGAAAUCACAAGUGAACUGAAGAAUGAUCUUAAAGUUUUGAAGAUGAGAGCUUCAUUGGACCCUAAGCAUUUCUAUAAGAAGAAUGAUAGAGAUGGUCUCCCCAAGUACUUCCAGGUUGGAACUGUAGUUGAUUCUCCCAUAGACUUUUACCACAGUCGAAUCCCUAAGAAACAGAGGAAGAGAACAAUUGUGGAGGAGCUGCUUGCAGAUUCAGAGUUCAGAAGAUAUAAUAAAAAGAAGUAUCAGGAGAUCAUGAGUGAAAAAGCAGCUUUUGCAGCAGGGAAGAGGAAUCGGAAGAAGAAGAAAUUUCACAAUUAAGAAUUGAAGAAAAAUACCAAGUUUGAACAACUUAUUUGUUAUAAAACUUUCUUACAGAAUGC